AUGAUUCCUUAUGAUUCUAUCCUUCGAAGUCCAUCAGGAUGUUGGAAUGUGAAGGUUAGAGAGGAAGAAGACGGUGGUUUAUCUUUCCGAAAUGGAUGGCCUGAUUUUGUUGAAGCACAUUAUUUAAGCCAUGGGGAUACUGCUACUAUGAAGUAUGUCAGUAAUUCACAGUUUGAUGUUAAGUUGUAUGGGACAAACGGAUGCGAAAAGCAUAAGUAUCGUGCAAGCGAUUUUGGAAGAGAUUCCUUUUGUCAGGACAAAAGGAACCGUGGAUUAUUUAACCGCGAUGCACUGAAGAGAAAAGCAAAUGUCAUUGAGGGAAGGUCAAAGGUUCAUCACCCAGAAUGUUUCUGUGAAGGGAAACCGUAUUUUUUCGCUAGCUGGACAGAGAAUAAGAAAUAUCAAUUGGAGAUUCCCGAAAAGGUGGUAAGGAAAUUGGAAAAUACAUUGUCUGAUAUUGUCGCUCUGAAAAGAACUAAUGGAAGACUUAGGAGUGUGGAACUGAAGAGAUCUGAAGGCAAGGUUUGGUUUUACAAAGAUGAUUCUGAAACCCAAGGAGAGUCUAGUCUAAAGAAAAGGUGUCGGUUAAUCCAAAGGGAAGAAGAUGAUAACGUGACAUCGUUGGACACACCUCUAUGUCGAACUCAUGUUGAAAGUAAGACAAAUGAGGAAAGAGCAAUGCUGUCAGUUCCCCCUGGUUUCGAUAUCUCUGUGCAACUCAACAAAAAUAAGGGAAAAAAGUCUUUAGUAUCCCAUGUAACCAGGUUACCGUGUCUAGGAAAUGAAAUAACUAUAUCAGGUGAUUGUCUACCAGUUGUUAAACAAGAAGAGAUUGAAGACACGUCCGAUGCGCCCGCAUCAAAACUUUUCCGUAAAUCAUCAUGGAGAACCAAAGGCAAACAAAUGGUGGCUGAAGUAACCAAGUCAUUCCAGUCCCAGACAAAAUAUCCUUUCUUUGCAGUUUAUAUACGAGAAAGCUAUAUAACUAGUGCGUAUCUGCAUAUUCCUAGCAGCUUCGCCAAGAAACAUCUUCCGGAGAACAUAAAGAAUGUGAUGGUUGGAAAUUCAGACAAUAAAGUGUGGACGAUUGGAUAUCCUUUCAGAGGUUAUAGAACACAUCUAGCUGCUGGUUGGAGUUCUCUUAGACGAAAUUUAGGUAUCUCCAUAGGAGAUGUUUUUGUCUUUGAGCUGCUUAAGGAAAAAGAUGCAGAAAUGAGAGUUUCAGUUUUUAGGGAGAUUGACAAUGUGAUAACCAGGUUAUGA